AUGCAGCAGAUUCGAUUGGGCAUCGCCGGCCUCGGCACUGUCGCUUGCGGCGUUUUGGAGAUUAUUGCUCAGCGCCAGCAGCUGAUUGCGGCACGUAGCGGCGUUGAGCUGGUUGUCACGCGCGUUGCCAGCCGUACAGCUAAACCCGAAAUAGACCUGUUGGGCGCAAGCUUUUCCACUGAGCUGGACAGCUUGCUGGCCGAUGAUGUCGACAUUGUCGUCGAGCUGAUUGGUGGUGAAGGCGCUGCGCUGGACCUCAUCAAAGCCGCGACCGGAGCUGACAAACUGGUGGUGACAGCAAACAAGGCAGUCAUUGCAAAGCACGGUAACGAAUUGCAGGAUUUGCGUAAUACCAUUGCCUUUGAAGCUGCCGUUGCCGGUGCUAUUCCGAUUAUUUCAAGCAUUGAGCGCGGUCUUAUCGCCAAUCAGUUUGAGCACGUGAUGGGUAUCAUCAACGGUACCUGCAACUAUAUUCUGACGGCGAUGAAAGAAGAGGGUGCAAGCUUCGCUGACGCGUUAGCACGCGCCCAGGAGCUGGGGUACGCGGAAGCGGACCCAACCUUUGACGUGGAAGGUAUUGAUGCCGCUCACAAGCUCGCGAUUUUGCUGGCUUUGGCGUUCGAUCAGCCGUUCAAUUUUGCGGACUUGCACGUUGAAGGUAUUGCCCAGAUCACCGCAGAUGAUAUUCGUUACGCUGAUGAGCUGGGCUAUCGGAUCAAACAUCUGGGUAUUGCGCGACAGGUGGCAGAAGGCAUUGAGGCCAGGGUACACCCGACCUUGGUGCCUGACAGUCAACUACUGGCGCAUGUCGACGGUGUGAUGAAUGCCGUUCUGGUUAAGUGUGAUGCAGCUGGUGAUACGCUUUACAGCGGUCCAGGCGCAGGGGGUAGUGCAACAGCUUCAGCAGUGCUCAGUGAUGUGGUAUCCCUGGCGCAGCGCCGGGGUUCAAAUAUGCGCAUCCAGACCGGCGGCGCACAAACUGCUACUGUGCCUAUCCUGCAGAUGGCUCAAGUACGUAGUGGCAACUAUCUGCGUAUACCUACCAAAGAUGAGCCUGGCGUAUUUGCGCGGGUUGCCCAGGCGCUUUCUCAACACGGCAUCAGCAUAGAAGCGGCGAUUCAGAAAGAACCAAAAUCCGGCCAGACGACCGUGGCUAUUGUCAUGCUCACGCAGAUAAGCAGUGAAGCGGACAUCGAAGCGGCGCUGGACGAAGUCAGAGUGCUGCCCCAGGAAUUGGAUCGCUCGCUGCAGGCGUUAGCCUCUCCAGUUAAGUUGCCUGACGUGCAGUUGGCCGCAGAACGCCUGGCGGAUGCCAUCACCCAGCAGCAGAAGAUCAUGAUUGUUGGUGACUUUGAUGCUGAUGGCGCUACUGCGGUGAGCCUGUGUGUAAAGAUCCUGAAAGAUUUUGGCGCCGAGCGCGUAGAAUUUCUGGUGCCCAAUCGUUUUGAGUACGGAUAUGGCCUGUCACCGGAAAUUGUAGAUCUGGCUAACUCAUCGCAACCUGAUCUGAUUGUGACUGUCGAUAAUGGUGUCUCCAGUGUGGCUGGGGUUGAACGGGCCCGUGAACUGAACAUCGAUGUGAUUGUGACGGAUCAUCACCUGCCGGGUGCAGAACUCCCCCGCGCAUUUGCCAUUGUUAAUCCUAAUCUGCCUGACGCCGGGUUUCCCAGUCGUAAUAUGGCUGGAGUUGGCGUGGCGUAUUACGUGCUGGGGGUUGUGCGCACAACAUUACGUGAUCGCGGCUGGUUUAACGAACACCGUCCGGCACCGAACCUGGCGCAAUACCUGGAUCUGGUUGCUCUGGGUACCGUGGCGGAUGUGGUGCCUUUAGACGCCAACAAUAGAAUUCUGGUGCAUCAGGGUGUUGCCCGCAUGCGUGCGGGUCGUUGUCUGCCGGGCAUCAAGGCACUGGCUGAAAUUGCGAAACGAUCCCUGGCGACCUUGUCCGCCCAGGAUCUGGGUUUUGCUCUGGGCCCGCGGCUGAAUGCAGCAGGGCGUCUUGAAGAUAUGAGCAUCGGCAUUAAAUGUCUGCUGGCGGACAGCCUGCCCGAAGCCCGACGUCUAGCCACAGCGCUGGAUCAGCUGAACAAAGCCAGGCGCCAACUGGAACAGGAUAUGGUGGGUGAUGCUGAGCUGUUGCUUGCUCAGGAUCAGGCGGAUACCGAUCGAGUAGGUUUAACCGUCUACCAUGAAUCGUUUCAUCAGGGUGUGGUUGGCAUUGUUGCAGGACGCCUGCGCGAAAAAUUCCAUAAACCUGUGAUUGCCUUUGCGGAUGCUGGAGAUGCGGCACCAGACGAGCUCAAGGGUUCUGCACGCAGCAUCACCGAUCUGCACAUCCGUGAUGUGCUGGAUCGGGUUGCGUCCAGCCAUCCUGGGUUGCUGUUGAAGUUUGGCGGCCAUGCCAUGGCGGCGGGGUUGAGUAUCAAGCGCGUCCACCUGACACGUUUUGCGGCUAUUUUUGACAAAGCUGUACAGCACUUCAGUCACGCAGAGAUGUUGCAGGCACGCUUGAUCACAGAUGGGGAGCUGGAUGCACACGAGUUAUCUCUGCAGAUGGCGGAACACCUGGCGGCUGCGGGUCCCUGGGGCAGUGGUUUUCCUGAACCCUCAUUUUGUGGUGAGUUUGAACUUGUCAGUCAGCGGGUUGUAGGUGAACACCAUCUGAAAAUGGUGUUAAAAAAAGACGCCCGGGUCAUUGAUGCCAUCGCUUUCCGGCAGGGGCCGGUGCCGGCCAGUACCCAGCAGGUUGAACGCGAGUUAGCCGCGCCUGCGGUCUGGGACGACCCUGACCGCGCCCAGAAACUGGGCCAGCAACGCGCUGCAUUGGAACAGGUGGUGAGUGGGCUGGGAGAUAUGCAGUCAAGCCUGGCGGACCUGGCUGAGCUCGCGGAGCUGGCCAAUGAAGAAUCCGAUAGCGAUGCGCUGGAUGAUAUCGCCACAGAGCUGGAAGGGGUGGAAGCUAAGCUUGCCGAACUGGAAUUCCAGCGUAUGUUCCAGGGCGAGAUGGAUACUGCCAACGCGUUUGUGGACAUUCAGUCUGGUUCCGGCGGUACAGAGGCUCAGGAUUGGGCGGAUAUGCUUUUGCGCAUGUAUCUGCGCUGGGCGGAAAAAAGAGGUUUCAAAGCUUCAGUGACCGAGUUGAGCCCUGGUGAAGUGGCUGGCAUUAAAAGCGCAACCGUGCAGAUCGAAGGACCUUAUGCGUUCGGCUGGCUGCGCACUGAAACCGGCGUGCAUCGGCUGGUACGCAAAUCGCCGUAUGAUUCCGGCAGCAGGCGUCACACUUCGUUCGCCUCUGUGUUUGUCUCCCCUGAAAUUGACGAUGAUAUCGAGAUUGAAAUUAAUCCCGCAGAUGUACGCACGGAUACCUAUCGCGCCAGCGGCGCGGGUGGACAACACGUGAACCGAACGGAUUCCGCUGUGCGUCUGACGCACUUGCCCACAAAUACCGUGGUGCAAUGCCAGAGCGAACGUUCGCAACAUCAGAAUAAAGACCGUGCGUAUAAACAGCUGCGUGCGAAACUGUAUGAGCUGGAAAUGUUUGCACGGCGUUCAGAACAGCAGGCUGUGGAAGAUGCCAAAGCUGAUAUUGGCUGGGGUAGUCAGAUCCGCAGUUAUGUACUGGAUCAGAGCCGGGUCAAAGACCUGCGCACCCACAUUGAACGCACCGAUCCCAACAAUGUGUUGGAUGGUGACCUGGAUGGUGGCGGUUAUCCGAACGAUUUUCGACGCUCAGACCUUGCCGCAACUCUCCACGCGACUUACGCCGAUGCAGACAAACCUCAGCUCGAGGAGGCGCGGUUCGCGGUGGCGGUUUGUGGUCGGUUGAUGCUGCGCCGGGUCAUGGGUAAAGCCAGUUUUGUCACGCUGCAGGACAGUAGCGGCCAGAUCCAGUGUUUCCUCAGGAAAAACGACAUGGGCGACGAGGCUUAUGAUCAAUUUAAGGAUCUCACAGAUAUCGGCGAUAUUGUGGGUGUGCGUGGUGUGCUGAUGCGCACUGACAAAGGUGAGUUGACCGUGCACGCGCAAAGUCUGGAGCUGUUGAACAAAACCCUGCGUCCGCUGCCGGAGAAGUUUCACGGUGUCACCGACCAGGAAAUCCGUUAUCGCCAGCGUUAUCUUGAUCUGAUCAUGAACGAUUCGUCGCGUGACGUGUUUAGAACCCGCUCCAGGGUGAUUGCGCGCAUGCGUGAGUUUUUCAACACGCGCGAUUUCCUGGAAGUGGAAACGCCGAUGAUGCACAGCAUUCCCGGUGGCGCAACGGCACGCCCUUUUGUCACACACCAUAACGCGCUCGAUCUCGAGCUGUAUUUGCGUGUUGCGCCAGAGCUGUUUCUCAAGCGACUGGUGGCGUAUGCGGAUUAUAAAGAUCUGAUGGCACUCACGGACGAGCUGCUGGCGGUACUGUGUGCGGAUGUAGUGGGCUCGCCGACAAUUUCUUACCAGGGUUUGGAGCUGGAUUUCAGCAAACCCUCUGCACAAAUGACGAUGGCGGAAUCUCUGGUCGCGCUGGGCGGUAUGAACGAAUCGUCAGUCGACGAUGAAGAUGCGCUGCGUGCGCGUUUGCAAACCCUCAAUCUGACCGCGGAUGCGAGUUGGGGCGUCGGCAAGCUGCAAUUGGAAGUGUUUGAGGCUCAGGUAGAAGAGCGCUUGGCACAGCCUACGUUCAUCACUCAGUAUCCCGCAGAGGUGUCGCCGCUGGCGCGCCGCAGUGAUCACAACGAUGCGGUCACAGACCGCUUUGAGCUGUUCAUUGGUGGGCGCGAGUACGCCAACGGCUUUUCGGAAUUAAAUGACCCUGUUGAUCAGGCUGAGCGCUUUGCCGCUCAAGCGGCUCUGAAAGGCACUGGUGACGAUGAAGCGAUGCACUUUGAUCAGGACUAUAUCGAUGCAUUGGAAGUGGGUCUGCCGCCCACUGCUGGAGAAGGCAUAGGUAUCGAUCGGCUGGUCAUGCUGCUGACGGAAUUGUUGGGCGAGCAGUUUGAACAGCCUUAUAUGCAGCAGCUGAGCAGUUUUCUGCGCGCAGAAAAAGCCCGCGGGGCGCAAAUUUAUCCUCCCGGUAAGCAGAUGUUUGCUGCUUUGAAUCUCACGCCGGUGAAUAAAGUGAAGGUAGUGAUCAUUGGUCAAGAUCCGUAUCACGGGCCCAAUCAGGCUCACGGCCUGUGUUUUUCCGUGCUGCCAGGCACACCUUUGCCGCCAUCUUUACGCAACAUUCUUAAAGAAAUACAGUCAGAUCUGGGCGUGCAGCAGGAGAUCAGGCCUGAUCGAGGCUGUUUAACCAGUUGGGCACAGCAAGGUGUUCUGUUACUGAACGCAGUUCUGAGUGUUGAGCAGAGCAGGGCGGGUUCACAUCAGAACAAAGGUUGGGAGCAGUUUACCGAUGCGGUGGUCCGCGAGCUGUGUCAGGCGCGUGAGGGUCUGGUAUUUCUGCUGUGGGGCAGCUACGCGCAGAAAAAAGGCGCUAUGGUAGACGCCACUAAGCACUGUGUGCUGCAAGCGCCACACCCGUCGCCUCUGUCCGCGCACCGUGGUUUUUUCGGCUGCAAACACUUUUCCAAGGCCAACGCCUAUCUGUCCGCUCAUCAUCAGGAUCCGAUAGACUGGCUGGCAAUCGACUGA